AUGCAACACAGCAGCAGCAAUCGCAGCAGCAGAAGCAGCAGCAGCAACGGCAGCAAGAAUACAGCAGCACACGCUGCUGCUGCUGCUUCUGAAUCCGUCAAGAUGGUCCUGCAACCCUCAGCUGCUGCCACACGCAGCAGACGCAUGCAGACACCCCUUGUUGCUGCAAAUCAUCGCGCUAACAACAACCCCAGCAGCAGCAGCACAAACAGGAACAGCAGCACCAGCAGCAGCAGCAACAGCAGCAUCUGCUGCCGUCUCUCCUGGAAGUACAGAGCCCAUAUGCCGUCUGUGCCUCCGAGGGCGUUGCUGCUGCUACUGCUGCUGCUGCAGCCGCUGCUGCUGCAGCAGCAGCAGCUGGCGAGUGCAAUAGUGUGCGAGAUCGACGCUCGAGAAGGGCUGGAGGCGGCGAUUGCUUCAGCAGCAGCAGCAGCAGCAGAACGGCAGCAAAUGAUAAGAAUGCUGCCUCUCUUGGUGACAAUAGACUUGCAGCUGCUGCCGGGAGACUACAAGAAUAGCAUGCCUUCAACCGCGCCGAGGUUUGCGAGAGCUCCUCGUUUGCUUCCUGCUGCAGCAGUAGCAAGUGCAGCAGCAAGUGCAGCAGGAAGCCCUGAAGCAAAUAGUGCAGCAGCAGAAGACAGCAGCUACGCGGCAUAUAAAGAGCACCAGCAGAAGCAGCGGCAGCCUCCCUUCCGUUACGCAGAGGAACGGCACAGCAGCAGCAGCAACAGCAGCAGCAGCAGCAGCAGCAGCAACAGCAGCAGCAGCAGCAGCAGCAGAGAGGGAGACGUUGCGAGCCGUUCAACUUCGAUGCUGCUGCAUAUGGAUGCAGCAGACGAACCGCUUGCUGCUCUCGCGUCUACCUUCCCGCUGCUGGUUCACGCAGGGCGCCGCCUUUCUUACUUCUUUUCUUCUCAGCAGCAGGAGCAGCAGGAGCAGGAGCAGCAGCAGCAGCAGGAGGAGGAGCCGCAGCAGCAAGAUGAGCCUUCACCUGCGGCGAACACUAUUAUGCCCGCUCUGCUGCUGUCUUCUCUCUCUUCUUCAUUCUCACAACCGCGCGCCGCUGCUGCUGGUGCUGCUGCUGCUGCUCCAGCAGCAGCAGCUAACGAUCAGGCCUCGUCAGCACCAGCACCAGCAGCAGAAGCAGCUGCAGCUGCAGCAGCAGCAGCAGCAGCAGAAGCCUCAGCUGCGGAAGCUUCAGGAGCACCUGCUUCUCGUCUUGAAAGAAGAAGAGAUUCCGCAGCAGAAGCAGCAGGAACAGCAGAUGCAGCAGAAGCGAGGCAGCUGUCCCCAGCGGAAGGAGAAGAGCUUGAGGGUCUUGUGAACACUGUUAACAACACUUUCCUGUUGCUGCUAGAUCACGCCCAACUUUACUUUUUGGACACUCAUGAGAGUUGGCUGCCUUCGUUUACAGCUGAAGACGGCUUGGUGUUGAACAGCUACGUCCCUUCUAUGCUGAGAGUUCCUUUCACGGGCCCUCGUUUGCAGCUUUCUUUUUCACUUCCUCGCAAAGACCGCUACGCUUUGCUGCUUCUCAAUGCAGACAGUGUAGAUUUAAAGCUUCAGGGUUUUGUUUCUUUCUAUAAUCCAAAUCAGCAACACCUCUCGCUUGAUCAACAGUACUUACCCCAAACCACCGCCUUCCUCAUGGCCCUCAACCUACUCGCGGCGUUGGUGUUGUGCGGGUGUCAGUUGAGUUGGUGGCGGGGCCGCAAUUUGUUUGUUUGCUUGUUGUUUAUCUGCAAUUUCUUUCUAACUGCGCUUGCAUUCGGUCUCGAUUGGAGACAGGCAGCAGCUGUACAGGCAUCAGGAAAACGCCCGGCCGCCCUGUGGGUGGCCUCUCGGUUGAUGCGGAAACUGCAAGAUGUGGUGCAGCUGCUUGUCUUUAUCUUUGUCUCUUUGGGUGGGAAACCCGAUAUAUUUUCCACGCUGCGGGUUAUGUGCGAGUGCUAA